AUGCCCACCAGGACGCGACGCCAAUGGGAUGAUAAUACCAGAGCGUCUCUUAACCUCUCUGUGGCCGAGGGGCUCUCUGUAUUUUAAUUCGACUAUUUUCACUGUGUCCCGUUCUUUUCUCAAGUCGAUCGUACCACAAACCGUAUAACAAACAGUUAGAAUGAUUUCACGUAUAAAUCGAACAUCGCGUUCGAAAGGUCAAUAGAUUUGGACGAGGAUGGUUUUGUCACGGAUAAAGCAUGUUCACGUUUCGUGACUCGAGAAGGAAAAGUGCGCAGCCAUGGCGCUAUUUCGGGCGAGACCGCGAUUAAAAUUAGCGUGGCGUGUCUUCAAAACGCCACAUACACCGAGACGCGUUCCGCCCUUGGAACAAGUCCAAUUGUCUGA